AUGCGGGAGGCUAAGCGCAUAGCGGCGUCGCUGCUGUCGCCCGGCAAUCCCCGGGCGCUGCUUUUCCUGCAGCUGCUGCUCGUCCUGCCGUGCGUCGUUAUCGUCACGCUGCUGUUUUCCAUCCCGCGCGCCUACAAGCCAUCCAAGCCCGGCCUCAUCUCGCAGCGCUUCGCCGCCAUUAACGCCGAGCUAUCCACCGUCGCCGUGCCGGCCGCUGCCGGCGGCGGCGCAGACGGCGACGGCGGCGGCGGAGCCGCUACGGCCGGCAACGCCGCCGCAGCCGCCGCCGCGGCGCUGGCGGCGAAGCAGCAGGAGCCGGUGCGGGCGAUGGACGUACACGUGGCAGUGACGGACACGAAGGCGACCAAGGCGGAGGCUGCGCGGAAGCAGGCCCAGGCGGAACAAGCGCGCAAGGCGCGGCUGAGCGCGCUGGUGCGCGGCAAGACGUCGUGCGGAUGUUUCCAAACGAUCUCAGGCCCGGGCGGCGCCUUCCACGUGAUGUGCACGUGCAAUCUCCUCUGCUGGGACGGCCGACAGCUCAUAGCACAAACCGCCAACCCGGAAGCCCCAAUCCCCUGCAACCAGCUCACCUCAGACGUCUCCCCAGACGCACCAAUGGUAGCCCUCAAUUGCCAGGCCAGGAUCAACGGCCAGCAUCCGCUCGAUCUUGUCCGGAAAGCCGGGGAAUUCCGGCCGAUCGCAUCCCGACCGUCGGAUUGGAUCAGCACGAGGAAAGGGCCGGUGGCGUGGCGGCUUGGCAGGUCGUUUAUCCAGAGAAUGGAGGCUGGAACAGAGGACGUUUCGGCCUUUGUCGCGCGCUUCUUCCCCAUUCUGCUCGUGAACAAAGCGACUGUUCCCGCGCUGCUGCCGCCCGUGCACCGGUUUGUGUUCCCCCGGGAUUCGUACUAUCGUGCUGUGCUCAAAGGGCUAGGCCCGGACGGGUUCCAAGUGGGUGUGCUGGAGCAGCUGCUGGGAGCGGCUUUUGAAUCAAGCAGCGGGGGAAGUAACGGCUCUGCUGGUGGUGCUGCUGCUGGUGGUGUGGGUGGUCGUGCAGGCAGCAGGGAUUGGGAGAGAGCUAACUUGCUCGAUCCCCAGGAGCCGACGGUGCAAGGGCAGGAUGGGGGAGAGGGAGCGGAGGGAGUGCGUGUGGAGGACGAGGAGGGGCGCAAGGUGGAGUUUGAGGGGCAGUGGGCGGCAGCCACAGAGGAUGCUCCCAUGUGCUUUGAGCAUGUGGUGCUGCCGGGAGUGCUGGAUGGGGUGAUUUACCCAUUGGGUCGCAUUCAGGCAGAGAUUUUCCUGCAAAAGGUGGAUGCUAAGCUGGGAAUAUCCGCUGCUAAUGCCGCCGCCGCCGCCGCUGCUGCUGCUGCUGAUGAUGAUCCCACAGCACCGGCUUCAGCUGCUGCUCCGGCGUCCUCAGCUUCGGCCGAACCAGCAGCCGACGCAACCGGCGCUGCAGCCGUCUCCGCACCUACAGCCUCCCACGUGGUCUUUGUGCGGCAGGCAGACGCUGCCGUCCGUUCGAUAGUCCCAGACACCCUCGAAACCCUCAUCAAGAACCUCCAAACAAACCUCUCCUUCACCGUGACUGAAGCCGCCAUGCGCGAUACGUCCUUCUCCCGCUCCUACUCCGCUAUCCGCAGCGCCGAUAUCAUCCUGGGGCUUCACGGGGAGCAGCUUGCAACCGCCGCGGCGUUCGCCACCCGGGAAACCCCUGUCAUAGAGAUCAUGCCGUUCCAUGUGUACUCGCCUCGCUUCGAGUCCCUCGUGCUGUCUUCCAGUCUCCCGUAUUUCCAGCACCAGUGUCACCCCGGCCCCUUCUGGCCGUUCAACCCUGCUGCUGCCGAUGCUGCUAAGCGUCCGCCUGCCACAGCGAGCCAGGGGCUGCCUGCUGCGGUGAUAAACGAGAUAAGAACGUGGGCAGAGGCCGAUGUGGCUUUCCUGAAUGUGACUGUAGCGGAUUGCUUUGUGGAGAGUAUAACGGGGGCGGGGGGAGUUGCGGCGCUGGGGUGCCGGAAGCAUUUUCUCAAGGACCGGCCGGUGAGACUGUGGGAGGAGGAUAUUGCGGGGAUCUCCCUGCUGGUGUCCUUAGCACGGAAUAUCUCUCAAGCUGCAGCCACGGGAAAGAGCAUUGUUCAGGCGGCCCAUUCUUCUUCCUCUUCUUCUUCUUCCUCGUCUGCCGGGGCUGUUGAGCACUUGAGUGCGUCUGGGGAAUCGGCAGUGGGGGCAAUGAUGCAUGGGGAGUUGGAGGGGGCGUGUGUGGGGCGUGGGUUGGACCUAGGGUAUUGCCGGCAGGACUUUGUGCAGCUGCCUUUGGGGAGUGGAGAGGUAGUGCUUACAUCGGCACGUGGAGGAGGGUCAGGGGGUGCGAGUGGGGGUGUGGGGGAUGCUGCUGCUGCUGGUGCUGCUGCUGGUGCUGUGAAUGGGACUGAGUGCGUGGUGGCGAGGAAAUGUUGGAGUUCCGAGGGGUGGGUGCAGGCAAGGUAG